GCUCAAGGUGAACUACGCGCUGCUUUCCACCGUGGCAGCGGAUCGCCUCACAAGCGGCGACAACCAGCGGAUGGAGGAGGUGAACACGCAUCGAAUCCAUACGCGUGGCACGAUGAGGAUAGCGAAGGAGGCAGCGGGCUUCCAAGCGCCGACCAUGAUCCCGCGGCAGGAGUUCGACCGCUCUUCCUUAGAAGACGCUGGCUAUGUCGUCUUUGAGACGCCCUCGAAGGAGCAGUUGCAGCUGCUACACAAGUCCAAUGACACGGUGUCAACCGUGAUGUACUGGAUCAUUUGGGAUUUGGCGGAUGCAAUGAAGGACAUCGACAUCGCUCCCCCCAUCCAGUCGCGCAUGUACCAGGAACUCUCCAAUGGCAUGCUCGGCUUCAACAACUGCCUGAAGAUUGCGGACGUCCCUUUCCCUUU